UCUGAUCGAUCUUUACGAGGAGAGUCUUUUGUUCAAAAGCAAGGCUUCCUCUGAGGUCUGUCCUCUUCUGAAGUCCUGAUGACGGGCAUGUGUGUCACAGCAGCACUUUUGUCUCUGGUGCUGCAGCAGCUGGUGAUUACUGUCACAGCUCAGGGUAUUGUCUACGACCUGCUGGUGUCUCCAGACUGCCUGCCAGACUUGCUGCAAGGAAGCCUAAAGAACAAAGGGCGGGAUGAAGCAUUCAUCCUCUUGUCCUUCAGGCUCCACAGUAAGGCUCCCACCUCUCUCUUCAGUGUUGUCAACCCAGCAGACAACACCAAGUACCUGGAGCUGAGUGUGCAAGCCAAACUGAGCAAAGUGACUGUUCGCUACCAGAAGCCUGAUGGCAGAUUUAGUACCACCAGCUUCAACCACCCGUCCCUGGCAGAUGGACAGGAACACCAUGUCAUGCUACAUGCCAGUGGUCUACAGCGCGGCCCACCUCGCCUCAAUAUCUAUGUGGACUGCAGGCUGGCUCACACUUUGAACGAUCUCCCAGCUGCGUUCGGGUCACUUCCACCAGGUCCCAACAAGGUGGCCCUGAGAACCCUGCAGUCAAGUGGACAGGAUAAACUGACGGACUUGAAGCUGGUUAUAGAGGACACCAUCGACAAUGUGGCCACUCUGCAGGACUGCAGUCCGGAUCCAGCACAGUCUCUGCACCUGCUGGGUAUCCAGGGAGGCAGGGUGGUGCAAGAUCAGACCACCAUGCUGGAGCUGAAGACCAUGUUGUCUGAGAUGAACGAGCUGCUCCACAAGCAGAUUAAGGAGACAAAUUUCCUGAGGAAUACCAUUGCAGAAUGUCUGGCCUGUGGACUUGGGGGAAAUCCUACCAACCCGGCUACCAAUGUAGGCCCAGCUCCAAGUCCAGGCCAGGCUGUCCUGCAGCCUCAGCCUCUGAGUUACUGCCCCCCAGGGACCUGUUUCAGGCAGGACAUGUGUGUCCCGUCACAGUCCGGGGGCUUCCAGUGUGCACCUUGUCCUGAUGGCUACACAGGAGACGGAGUUCACUGUGAUGAUGUCAAUGAGUGUCAUUUCAAUCCAUGUUUCCCUGGUGUCCGGUGUGUGAACACUGCUCCUGGUUUUCGUUGUGAGAAAUGUCCGCUGGGAUACAUUGGACCGGAGAUAAAUGGAGUUGGAGUGUCUUAUGCUAAAUCUCAGAAACAGGUGUGUGAAGAUUUGGAUGAGUGUCUGAAUCCACCUGAAAUUGGAGGCUGUACACCCAACUCACACUGCUACAACACUAUAGGAUCCUUCCGCUGUGGUUCUUGUCAAGCUGGUUACUCAGGCGACCAGGUAGGAGGCUGCCAUGGCACCAGGCUUUGCCCCAAUGGUCAGCCCAACCCUUGUGACAUCAAUGGCGAGUGCAUUGUGGAAAGAGACGGCAGCAUUAGCUGUGUGUGUGGCAUUGGCUGGGCUGGCAAUGGCUACGUAUGCGGGAAGGACACAGAUAUAGAUGCAUAUCCUGACAAUAAGCUGCUGUGCAGAGACAGCAACUGCAAGAAGGACAACUGCAUAUUUGUACCCAACUCUGGCCAAGAGGAUGCAGAUAGGGACGGGAUUGGUGAUGCUUGUGAUGAUGAUGCAGACAGUGAUGGCAUUAUUAACAUAGAUGACAACUGCUGGCUGGUUCCUAAUGUCGACCAGAGGAACACAGAUAAGGAUCUCCAUGGCGAUGCCUGUGAUAACUGCAGGACAAUUGAAAAUCCCUCACAGAGGGACACAGAUCAAGAUGGUCUGGGAGAUGAAUGUGAUGAUGACAUGGAUGGGGAUGGCUUGAAAAAUAUUCUUGACAACUGCCAGCAAGUUCCCAACCCAGACCAAAGAGACAGAGACAAUGACGGUGUGGGCGACGCCUGUGACAGCUGUCCCGACAUGGCCAACCCCAACCAGUCUGAUUCUGAUGAUGACCUUGUAGGAGACACCUGUGAUGACAACAUAGACAGUGAUGGUGAUGGCCACCAAAACACCAAGGACAACUGUCCCACUGUCAUCAACUCCUCACAGCUGGACACUGACAAGGAUGGAAGGGGAGAUGAAUGUGACGAUGAUGACGACAAUGAUGGCAUCCUGGAUGAAGAUGACAACUGCAGAAUGGUUCCAAACCCAGACCAAAAGGACUCCAACCAGGACAAAGUUGGAGACGCGUGUGAAGGAGACUUUGACAAAGACAACGUGAUUGACAUCAUCGACCACUGCCCAGAGAACGCUGAGGUCACACUGACUGACUUUAGAGCCUAUCAGACCGUGGUCCUUGACCCGGAGGGAGACUCACAAAUAGACCCCAACUGGGUGGUACUCAAUCAGGGCAUGGAGAUAGUCCAGACCAUGAACUCUGACCCUGGCCUGGCUGUUGGCUAUACAGCCUUCAGCGGAGUUGACUUUGAGGGAACGUUCCACGUAAACACAGUGACAGAUGAUGACUAUGCUGGCUUCAUUUUCGGCUACCAGGACUCGUCCUCCUUCUACGUAGUGAUGUGGAAGCAGACGGAGCAGACCUACUGGCAGGCAGCCCCCUUCAGAGCCGUCGCUGAGCCAGGAAUACAACUGAAGGUGGUGAAGUCUAAGACAGGUCCUGGUGAGUACAUGAGGAACUCCCUCUGGCACACAGGAAACACCACGGAGCAGGUGCGUCUCCUUUGGAAAGAUCCUCGGAAUGUGGGUUGGAAGGACAAGGUUUCCUACCGCUGGUUUCUCCAGCACAGACCACAAGUCGGAUACAUCAGGGCUCGCUUUUAUGAGGGCUCAAAACUGGUGGCGGACACAGGGGCGAUCAUUGACACCAGUAUGAGAGGCGGGCGGCUGGGUGUGUUCUGCUUCUCUCAGGAAAAUAUCAUCUGGUCCAAUCUGAAGUACCGCUGCAACGACACCAUCCCUGCUGAUUACGAGGAUCCGACAAAAGCAGACAGGGGAGGCUGAGCUGCAUCGCAGCGGCAAAGAAGUAAAACAUUGGAAGGACGGACAAGUGGGAGGACCAAAGGAGAGUUUUGCUGAAAGCCAAACAUUGACCAGUUUUUAUACUAAAGUUUAGUGUAACUGAUGCAAGUACAUGCUUUAAUAAAUAAUGAGCAGUUUUGUUUUUUUA